AUGUCUAAUGUCAAUUUAACAGUCGUAGAGUUCUUCUUGGUGGGUUUCCCCACUGAACCUUCCAUGCAAUUGCUUCUCUUCUUCCUGGUGCUGGCUAACUACCUCAUAACGCUCUCUGGGAAUGGGGUCAUCAUUGGCAUCACCCUGUCCGACCAUCGCUUGCAGAGCCCCAUGUACUUCUUCCUCCGCAACUUUUCGUUUGUGGAGAUUUGGUUCACCACCGUGACGGUGCCAAAGCUCUUGGCCGGAUUCCUUCUCGGCAGCCACACCAUCACCUUUGCUGGUUGCAUGGCUCAGUGCUACUUCUACUUUCUCUUUGGGGCUACGGAGUUCUUACUGCUAGGUGUCAUGUCCUUUGACCGCUACCAAGCUGUGUGCAACCCACUGCAGUACCCGGCACUGAUGACGGGGAGGUUCUGCCUGAAGUUGGUGUGUGUGACAUGGGUAGCUGCUUUUUUCACCAUCCUUGGGCCCCUCAUCAUGGUCACUGGUCUGCCCUACUGUGACUCUAAUGUCAUCAACCAUUUCUUCUGUGACCGUACGCCACUGGUGAACUUGGCUUGCACAAAUACAGAAUGGGUGGAGACCAUCAACCUGGUGCUGGCAGGAGGGCUCAUCCUGGGAUCCUUGGUGCUGACCGUAAUCUCCUACUGCUUGAUCACCCUGGCAGUGCUCCGGAUCCCCUCUGCCCAAGGCCGGCGCAAGGCCUUCUCCACCUGCGCCUCCCACAUGGUGGUGGUCACCAUCGUCUAUGGCAGCCACAUCUUCAUGCAUGUCCGCACCACCCACAGCUACCCUGAGAGGGUGGACAAAGUGGUGGCGCUCAUGACCUGUGUGGUGGCCCCGUCGCUCAACCCCUUCAUCUACACCCUACGCAAUGAGAAGGUCAAGGAAGCCCUUCGAGAUGCUGCACGGAGGAGAGGACUGUUCUGCAAGGAGGAACCAAACGACAACAAGAAGGACUUUCACAAAGUUGUGGUGGGCGGGAUGUGA